UUUCAUGUGACAAUGUUUUGUUUUUGCUAGCUACUGUUUUUUCUCAAUUUUAUUUUUUAACAGUAGAUCUGUAGUUUAAGCUGUAUUUCAGAUGUGUCUUUUCUUCAGUAUUUAUGUACAAAACACCACUAAGAAUAAGAGAAGAAAUGCAGAUUUUUCUUUUUUUUUAGGCCUGCUUGUAGCAUGCACAGAGAAGUGAUGAAUAUGUUCACAAUCCAAAUGGAAAACUUUCAGUAUUGUAGGUAUCAUUUGUCGUGAAAGAACUAGUAACUCAGCAAACCAUUUGUGUAGGUAAUUCAUAAGACAUAUUCUCUUUGUGAUCACAGCAUUUCCCCCAAUGGCAACAACUACUUUCAUGUGAAACCAGUAGUAAGAACGUGUAUUGAUGUAUUUUUAAUUUCGUUUAAUGUAAUUGAACACCUGGAAGUAGACAGGACCAUAAUCAUGUGAGCAGCCAGGUUUCCACAGAACCUCAAUUUGCAAAUGGCUACUACAGUUAUUUAGUGUCUAAUCCUUAUUCGUGAUCCUCAAUUUAGUGGCCUGUGCCAUUGUUAGGGUUGGUUUGACAUCUGGCCAAUAUUCCUUACUGCUUACUAUUAAGUACUUAGCAUGCUUGCUGCUCUGUGUGAAAUUAAUAUUUAUUAACUUCCACAAUGGUCUUGUGAGGUAGGGGUUGUACAGGAAAGUCAAUGGCAGAAAUUAGGGUAAGAUACUAAACUGUAUGUCUUCUAGAUAUUAAUGAGAAAAUCAGUAGGGUGAUGACUAGUAGCAAAUAAGAUAGUUUAAUUUGUAAGCAUUGAUAAUAGCUCAGUCAACUGGGUUUCAUUUGUAGAAGCACGGUAUCACAGAGGGAGAAGUUGGUGGCUCAGUAGUAACUGUGCAAACAAGCUCCAUCCUAGUGAACUUUUUGCCUUCCAGAUCUGUGCUGUGUUUGUAUUAGCCGGGUCUUUAAAUACAGAAUAAAUGAACAAGAAAAAUAACUCUCUGGCAAAAACUAAGAUGAACACUUCAUAAGGUGUUUAAGAAAAACAAUCCUGAUUUCCCUCCCUUCCCCCGCCUUCUCUGCCUUCACAGUCUCUGCUUUCUGCUCAUGUCCAGCUAAGAUAAUAUAGUAAAUGUCUGAGCUCUUGCAAGUAAGGCUGUCACAUUGAUGUUUAACUGACUUUGAAACACUGCAGCUGUAAAGGGGAAAUGAAUUCUGUUCUCUGUCAAAGCCUGUAAAAGAGUGUUUGUUUUAGCAGCUACUGAAGAUGGAAGUGUUUAUUCCAUGACUGCAUCGGUUGUCAAAACUGGAUAUAUUUUCCUGUAUUAAUAAUAUUUGGAAUUUUUCAUUAGUUAUCAUUUCCUGUUGGUUCUUGAAAGGAGUAUUGAGAUGCUGAUCACUGUCUCAAUCUUUUCAGCUCUUCUGAAUCUUUUCAGCAUUUGAAUGGAAAUCAUGGAAUUCCUUUAGAUGGGGGUGUAUGUGUGUACAGGAAUGUGUGAUUGUGUAUUAUAUAAAACUUUUAAAGCAUUUGCAAAUGUCUGAUACGUUUUGAUCCCAAAAGGCAAUAGCUUUCUGUGCAAGAGACAGAGGGGCAGCUCUUCGGUUUGUCAGGUGAUGGAAGACUGUACUGAAUAUGCAUGAAACGCAACUUACUACUCAUCCUCUUGUUUUUUCAAAUGACUUCUGUCACAGACUUUUGCUCCUGAUACAUAGUGUUCUCUUGAUAUGAAAAGACUGACCAGAAUCUGGAUGCUUACUGUUACUGCAGCAUAUGUUGUGCUGUGUAAUUUAUUUCAAAAGUAGCUUAUCGCACGCACUUACAAAUCCUAGCCAUUCAACACAAACUAAAUCCUUCUGAAGUGUUUCUGGUGCAUUGUUGCUAUAGCGAGGGGGGAAAAAAGGUGAGGUAAUGGAGUUGGAGUAUUUUUGGUUUGUUUGGCUAUUUGAGACAGAUCAUCUAGAGCUGAAACUUAAUUAAGUAUAAAGGUUUGAAACUGGAAACAAUAGCCAUGUUAAGUAAGCCUGUCACGAUCUUGGCAUCGUUAGAAGAGAGAGCAAGCAGUGAGGGAAGCUGGAUUUGUGCUGGUGUUGCUUCCAAUGGUAUGUAACUUACUAAUUACCUUUGCUGUGAAAUGGCUGGUAAAAAGCCAAAAUACUGCUUCCCUAGUUCCCUAGGAUCCUUGUUUUGAGAGGAUUAUACUUCCUAGUGUUUUUACAAGAAUUACAUGGAUGCCAGAAUGUUUCCCAAGCUUCUCUUUGAUGAUUGGUACAAUGUAACAGCAAAAGCUUACCAAAAAUUACUGAGGAAGUGAGCAGAAGAGAUAAAAAGGUGUGAGAAUAAAUGAAUCUGAUAGUUGUGUAUUUAUGUAUCUUCCCUACCUUUGUCCUUUUUAGUCUGGUUUCUGAAGGAAGUGAAACCCAUGUGAUCAUGACUGAGAUAAAACAUGUUUAUGUGCGUUUGUGGGAUAAUGUGUGUGUGUUUGCCCUUUUCUUCCACUGCCCCAAAGGAACUGUGCUUCUACAGGGUAUAAGAAAUAACGUCAUCAGGUAUAUGACUGUCAUCCUGUUAGUGAAAGAAGGACCUUACCUGUUGACAGCCCUCGUGUGGCAUCAGGAAAAUCAUUAUGGGAGAGCAAAAUUAUGGAUGGCUGAGGGCACAAAGUCGGUCAAGUGCAUGUCUGUCAAGCUAAAUUUCCAUGCUCCUUACUCUCCGCUUGUCAGCUGGGAUUGAAACACCUUUUCAUGCAGCAGAGUGAUCAUGAGGUUUAAGACUUUUUAUAUUAAAAAUCAGAAAAUAAGUUAUAGGAAGGCACUGUCUUAUGUGCUUCAAAAUCUGUUAAAAAAACCCAUGUACAAUAUUAAUAUAAUCUUCUGAAAUGUGUAUGGGUAUUUAAAAUUUACAGCUCCCUUUCUUUAGAGAAAAGUGUGAAAAACUCCAUACACUGAGAAAUUCAGGUUAAAUAUGCAAAUUAUAGAUACUUUAAUUGUAAAAAAUUAAAAUUAUUACUGAUAGUUGUAGUUUCGUUUUUCAUCUAUUAAUUAGCCAUAAUGUCAUGUCUUAAUAUCCUUUUUCUUUUUCCUCAGUCUCUUGAUUUUCAAAGUAGAGGCAGAAAGAAAAUGCACGGUGUUCUCUGGCAGUGAAUCAGUACAGGCCUUCAUUUGUCCUUCCCCACUUCUAACAUAAUGAUUUUGACUGUCAGUGGUGCAAGUUGUUUGUUUCAGCCUCAGAUAAUCAAUCUGAUUAAAUAUCUUGGUGGUAUUUGAUAUUAUACAGAAAGCAUUUGAAGUGGCAGUAAUAUUUCACUGAGCUACUGCCCAUGUGGAAAGCUUCGUUUUAAUAGUUUUGGUGAUAACAAAAACUAACUGAAAAGAGUGAGGUGUAUGUAUGUAUAUAUAUCUUUUGCCACAAGUGAUUGGAGACUUACACCACUAUGAGAACUUGUGUUAUGUGCUUAAUUGCUGUUUGGAUGAGUGAAAGCAGUGAGAUUUAUGCAGUUAGUCUAUACUAAGUGUUACUCAGUAACAUGAUUGAGGGGAAAAGUUCUUUGACUGGUAGCAUGGUAGAGGCAAGUGUCACAAACCCAAGCUGUCACUGGCCAGUUUUAUGUACGUCAGAUUUCUCUGUGGUAGAAGAUGCCCUUGGUCAGGUGUGGUACUCCUGGUGAGGCCAGCUGUACUUCAGCCAGAUUUAACCUAGGCUUCAUUAUUUCUCAAUUUCAGUGGUUGGAAGACUUUGCUUGAACUUACCUUAUAAAAUGACAGCUAAUAAAAUAUUCUUACUGAGAUUUUCCUUAGGAAAGCCCAUCACUUCACAGUUUCCACUGGGACUCACCAAGUCCAGUGCCUGCUGCAGUGUCUUUGAAAGCCAAGAGUCAUCGUUUUAUCCCUUAAGUCUCACCUGUCUUCCCUUCUGUCUUGAAAGUCAGUUUCAGAGAGACUAAAACUUUUCUACUUUAUAACAUCAAGGCAGAAAUUAACUUUGCAAAUUAAAAGGAUCCUAACAACUGAGCUAAAUAAACUUAGUUUCUAGUGAAAACUUCCUUCUUUCACCUUCCUCAGUAUUUAAAUAAAAUGUCAUGGUGUGCCUGGUAUGUGAAUAAAUGCAGACCUGAUUUAGCUUCCUGACUACACCAGAAAAAAAUUCAGGCAUACUUUUUAAGGAAUGGUUAUUUAAAAGUUUUGUGUUUUUGUUGCAACAUGAUUAUAUAUUUAACAGGAAGCUAGGUUGGAGUCUUUAUGACUAACUCUUAUUGCUACUGCUCCUUUGGUUUCUAGGAGAUGAUGACUAUAAUGAUAUAUAAAAUCUUCAGAUAGGUAGCAUAAUCUUGGACGAUUUUCUUUCUUGUCCCGUGAUACAAAUAAUUGCUCUCAAUCAUUAUUUUACAAAGAAACAAAUUAAGUUCAAAACCUGUAUCAGUAUAAUAUUUUCAUUUUCCUUCCAACUUCUUGCUAGUCUGUAUGGACUAUAAGAAGAUGGUGAUGGGACCACAUCCCGAGGUUUUAGUGCUUCAUGUGCUCAAGUACAAAGUGUAACUGGAACUCUUGUUUGAUGUAGAGGAAAAGCAUUGUUUUUUAAAAAUCAGCAAGAUAUACCAAAAUAAUUAACUCCUUGAGAAGGAAUCAAGCAGGCAAUUACUGGGAGGAAUUUUUUCCCCUCCUCUUGCAUAUGUUUUUAAAAUACUUAUUGACAAAGGUAAGUAUAUAAUGAAUAGCAAGCAUUCCUUGACCCCAUGUCAUUUGCUGCUUAGGAACAGUAUUUACCUACAAUAGCUGUAAAGGCUUACAUGAAUAAUAACUCAUGCAAUAAUUCCAGGUAAGUCUUUCAAAAAGCCUUGUGUGGAAAAGAAAUAAUUUGGGACACAGUUUCAUUUGAGAUUCAGAAGCAUUAAGCAUGAAUAUUUUUCUGUGGACCACCAGCCCUGUUCAAUUACUUUGGUAGCAAUGCAGAUGCAUGCAUUUUAUGAUUGUUCUUUAAAAUACCAGGAAUGUUGCUGUCAGUGUGCCUUUUACCAUCGUAUAUUACCAUGAUUUGACAGCUGACAAAACAAGCAUGUGAAGGCUGACAUUUGUGCCAGAUGUCUUUCAUUAUAUAUUUUUACAGGCUUAAUUUUUCAUGUAUGCACUUUAUAUUGGCAGCUUUAAUAUAUUUUGCAGAUGAAGCUUAAUUGUUUUCCUUUUGUGCACAUUUAUAUUUUAGUAGAUUAAAAUUUUACCACAAAAUGUACUUGUAAUUUAAAUUGCUGUGCAGAAAGUAAAAGCUUACUGUAAAACAUGACCUGAAAAGGUUCAACCAUUCUUCAGACUUUAGAAAAAAGAGUAGAAAGUACCUUAUUCUGAUAGAGAAGCCUUUGACCACCUGAAGAACUUAACACUCCAUAUUUCUUUUUAUUGCCUAUUGGUGGCCCUGGAGAAAUGCACAUGAUUCUGCUUUAAGGAGCAGAAUUCUGUUAUCCGUAAUCAAGUGUGUAAUUUAAAUUUUUUCACUGAUUUAGCUAGAUUCUGUUAAUAUAUGUAAUAAUAAUAAUAAUAAUCUUUGACAAACAGGUGAAGUACCUUUGACACCUUGUUUACUAAUGUGUUUGGAAGGUGCCUCAUAAGAAGGAACUAAAUGCAAUGGAGUCCUUUGGUGAUCCCAUAGCUCAUGCUAUACAUUCACAUCAACUCAGCCCCUUUUCAGAAGAGUAUCUUAGGAAAUGGUAGUAGAGGGUAAGAAACAUUAUUUAAUGCUUUAACAAGUGUCAGAAGUUGAGUAGAAUUCAGUCCGAUUUUUAUUUUCUUUUUCCCAAAGGUAGUGAGACAUCUGAUAAAUGCUUGUUAGAUAUGAGGAUGACAUUAUGGUGUUGGACAUUUUUUUACUAACUGUGUUGAUGAAAGGGAGAUUCUGAAAUAAGGACUAGUCACUACUGUGGCAUCUUCCUGUGCUGACACGAGUUCAACUUGUAAAAUUGCCAACUUGCCCAAGCCAGAUAAUGGUUUUAAAUACCUGUAGUAAGCACCAGGACUGUUCAGUGCAUUGUCUCAAGGUGAUCCUCAGUCACACUCAAAGGCUCAUCAUGAAUCUUAUUCUAACAGCACUCUCUUAAGAAUGUACUUGCAAAGGAAAUGGUUUUGGUUAGUUCUUUGAUGACCUCUGCCUGUUAGAAAAUGAAUGCUGCUAACCUGGAGUUGUGCUGUCUGUAGUUGCAGCAGUGACCCCUUUUCCUCACUCCCAUGUGGUGGCAAGAUAAAUGAAAAGGAACAGAAACUGGAUGCCUUUGCUUUUGCCCUAAUACAUUUAUGAUCCUCUUCCAAAUGAGAUUUGAUUCUGGAGAAGACAAAAUGGUGGGAAAAAGACUUGUGGUUACAGCAAUAAAAUGGUGAGACUAUCCACUAAAGUCUGCUGAAAUUGAUGGAAUAAAAUUUAAUGGGUAUUUUUAUAACAAUAAAUGUAACUGUUGACUCCAUUUAUUUCAUUUUACAUAAUGUCCCACUCACAUACGUACUUAUUUUGCUCCACUGUACUUUACAAGACUCUGUCUUAGCACCUAAUGUUGUUGCUGUAAUCCUGUCCUUGCUUGUCUCACCUCCCUUAAGAGCUUUCAGAUAAUGGUUUAAAAUAUUAACACUUCUUUUGAAAAAAUAUUUUUCCUCAGCUUUCCAAAUGAACACCACUUUGAAUUGUUCUUAUGAUCAUUUUCAUUUUUCUGCAUUUGAGAAACCAAAAUGGAGUGCUGUCAUCCUUUGUUUCCCUUUGGUAACAGAAACCAUAAAAAUGAAUAGGACCUAAUUUGUGCCAGCAAAACUGGUAAUGUUAUCUGCAUACAUUUGAACACCGUUCAGAAUUCUAGUCUUAUGAGAAUCUUCUCUCAUCUCCCUUUCCUAAAUGCAGAACUUUUGUGCAUUUUAAUAUAACACAGUCAUGGAGAUAAAUGAGAAUUUUGAACUCCAGAAAGGCUUUAAAAACUUAAGAUACUUGUUUAUUCUACCCAAGUGAUAAAUGUUUUUGGCAAAGAGACUGUUAUGGCAUGUUAGUUCCUUUGUAAAUAUAUUAAUUUGUAUAUUUGACUACAGAUACUAUGAUGGAUAUUUUUAUAACCAUAUUUUAAGGACAUGUUUUAUUCUAAGAUACUACAAUUUCAAAGUACAUUAAUAUCUGUUCUAUUGUUUAUAUCAGUAAUGACCAGGAAAUUCUAAAUUAAGACUGACACUUAUUUUUCAUGUGUAAGUGUAUUCUAAGGUUUCUGUUUCCAGAACUCCUAAACUGAGAGCUGAAACAGUGAUUUCAAUGCCCAUGAAUUUGUGUUUGUUUUAGUAUGGCAUUGUUUCAACAUAAUUAUGUGAAUUAAGUAUUUAUAUCCUUUCCAUAUAUCUCAGGAUUUGGUCAAUAGAAGAAGUUAAAAGUCUAGCCUCUUGUGAUUUCAGUAACCAAGUAAAUAAAUAAAUUGUCAUAAACUCUGGCAGAAGCCAAGAGAUUGGGCUAUUGCAUCUAGUGCUGUUCUACAAAUUAAAUGAAUGUUUAGUGCUCUCCCAAGUGUAAUACACAAAUGGAUGUUACUGAAAUAUGCACUGUUAUUAUCAGGCAAAAGAUUUAAGAGAAAAAAACCCUUAGAGUAACAAUUCUACUUUUCACAUAAAUGCCUUUUAUUCCUCUCCUCUACAUGCUGCCUUCCUGUCCUUUUUCUAUCUACUGGUGUUACAUCACAUGCGCACUUGGUUUUUAAAGGCUCUUGUGAAAGUAUCACUCUAUUACUUCCAGCUGAGUAAGUACUCAGUUGCACCUCAUAAGCUUUCCAAGUCACGUCUUACAACAGUGACAACCCUGUUAGGAAAACAACUGAUUUUUUAAAGCGCCGUUCCUGUUCUCGCGCACCGUGCCGGCGAUGCUCGGAGCCGAUUGCGGGCCUAUCGAUGAAUGAUGCUGCAGUAAUUUCAAUUAUUCUAUCCAGCGGUGAUGUAGAUGUUGAUCUGUUUUCAGAUACUAAUCCCGUUCCUUAAUAUAGCAGUUGGCCACAUGUGCGAGCUCGUCCUGUUAAGGAAUGGCCUUCGGGGAAAAUGAGUCCUGAAACAUUUGGGCAUGGAGUUAAUGCAUUUCCUAGCAACUAUAAAGUUCAAGAAGAAAUGGUGGACAAUUUCAAAGGCAAUGACAAAGUACCACUGGCCUAUGUCACUGAAAAGCAAAUAAAACAGUCUUUGUAAGACAGAGUAUAAGAUUAUUUCCUCGAUUUCAUUUGGUAAAAACUGUCUUAAACUUUUAAACAAAAUUCUUGGGCUAUUCACGUGCUGUCAGUAGUGAAAAAAAAGUUGAAAGUGACAUGCGAGGCGGUUUUUCUUCUAACGCAAAUUCUGCUAUUCAACCUUAAUGUCAACAACUUUUGUCACCAGAAAUGUAAUAUAACCAAUAGCAGAGUAAAAUCUCAGCCUAGCUACUUAAGGAUGAUUCCUUUCCUGUUGUAAAUUAGUGAGGAUCCUUGUGAAAGAGGCUUUCCACAUCACUAGUGCUUUGGAGAGUGUCAGUGCAGGCAUCAGCUGCCUUUCAUUUGCCUUAGUCCAUCUUGCUCUGAAAAGUUGUGCGUAAAUAAUUACCUGUCAUCCCACUAAUAGCCCAACAGAGUUGUAAUAGGAAAACCAUCUUUGAAUGGCCUGUACACAAAAGGACAAGUAGUUUUUCUGUGCAUUUGCUUGUAUUUGAAAUUACUUUUUGCUGGAGUUUUUCUUUGAGCUGUUGUUCUUCAGCUCUGUAAUUUCAGAAGACUGUCAUAUGUAAAGUUCAAAUCCUCAUGGUAAACUACUCAUACUCUUAAGUCCAUUUUUAAACUUUUUUUUUUCUGAAUUAUGGGUUCUUGGUUUAGUUACCUAUCUUUAGCCAAACAAUUUUGUCUGAUAGAGCCAAAUUUCCCCCAGUAGGGGAAAGUAUGUUUAAUGUAAGAUCCAAGGACACUUGUGAAGGAUGUGUGUAUGUGUUCAAAAUGGAAUUAAGAAUAAAUCAUCUGGAGUCUUUUCUGUUUGACUUUUCUAAACUUAUCCACUAAAAAAGUAUUUUAGUGCAUUUCCUCAAUACUGUAAUGUGUGGAAGCUUUGUACUUUUUUGUUCUACCUUGUUCUUAGCUUGCUUUUCAUUGCAUCUUUCAUUUACUUUGGCUCCUAUGAAAUACGAGAGUCAGAUUUCUAAGGUACAGCGUGUUGGAACAGGUUUUACUGCAUCUCCUUUCUUUCCGUUUAUGUGUUUGGGUACACACAGGUUUGAGAGUUAUCUACCUUUGCUUGCCGAUUAGAACAUUUAAUUUCUUUGCAGGGUUGAAAAGAAGAUUUGCUUCUGUAGAUCAAUACAAAUUUACCUAUUUUGAGCUUAACUUGUAUUUGUUACAUGUUUUUGUGCUUUUGCUAGAUAUGACUAGCUUAUUUUAAAUUAACUUUUGGUCAGUAAUCAACAAUAUUGAGAGGAGAAGACCUCAGGCAAACCCGGUAUAUAUUCUAGCUCUUGGGGUGGCUAACAUUGUCUGCUUACUGUCAGAAGCACUUCAGAACUAUAUCACCUUAUUUUCACAUAAAAACUGGGUUCAUGUCUUGCUCUUGCUUAAAAUUCCUUUCCUCCCUUCCUCCUCCCCCCCUUUUUUUUUAGUUACAAUUUUUUUGUAUGUGCUUGUAGAAAACCUUAAUGAGACAUCUUGAUUUGAGAGGUCAGGGUACUAUUCAACUUGGCUGUAGAAAUGUGGAUUUUAAGUUUUAUGUGAUAGGAAGAGUUUUCUUUGAAUAUAAGUUGUGGAUAUCCUAGUAUUUAUUCCUGAUGGCAUUUUGAACACAUCAGCUAUCAUGAGAGUAUGCUUGAGUGUUUUUUGAAGCAUAGUUGAAGGAACGAAUUCUAAUUCUCCUCUAAUAUAUAUAUGCAAGGCCUUUCUAGACCCAGUUAUAGUCAUUUGUGAUAUUUUUGUGUUCUGAGGGACUGCAAGGAGAAAUGUUCUUAAAAUGUGUUUGUAUAGCUAUUCUCUCAUGAUACUUGUACAUGGUGUUUCGUAAAAUCUCUCAUUAGCUGCCUUAAGAUAAGCCAGAAGAAAAAAAAUCUGAUAACAGUGUAUUAGAAGUUUGCUAUGUGUAGUUCGUUGUUUAGAGGACUCCUAUAUGUUUUACAGAAGCAAACCAAAAUCAUGCCAUCUUUUUAAUAAGAACGCUAAUUUUGACAGUUGGAGCAGUUGCUGAUAUUGUUGAGGUUUCUAAUAUCUCUGUCAUGCUGUCUAGCUUUAUGUGAGCAUUUUAGUUAUUUUGGCUUAGUCAUUUAUGCCUUUUUUUUUUUUUUUAAACUGCUAAGGUUCCUAAAAACGGAGGCAGUAAUAGUUUGUUCCUUGACACACUUUUGUGCUUUACUAGGACAUAGAGAACUCUCUAGGGAAUUUUACAAAACUUCUGUAAUUAUAACUAUGCAUCAAUUUGUUCAUGUAAGAAACCAGAAAGAUACAUGUUUGUUUCUGCAGCAGCAUAAACUCAAAGGUUGCAGCAGGCAGUCCAUGCUUAGUUCUCCAGGUUGUGCUGCUUGUGCAAAGGUAUUGAUCUUCAGCGUGUUUAGCAAUCUUUGCUGGUUGCCCCUUUGUACAUUUCAGGAUUUGUCAGACAUGGGAUAUGUUGCCCUGGAAAAGGGCUCAUUUGACAGGAGGCUUCAUGUUCUCCCCUUUGGGGCUUUUCCAAAUAUUAUGAAGCUCAAUUUAAGUUUUGCAGGAAUGUUCAGGCAGUAAUCUCAGUCUUAAGUUUUAACAUAUGUUGUAUUAGUUGUUCAACAUGUAAGAGGAGCCUGAAUGUUUCAAGGUGUUUAUUUGAAAUCCUAGUUCACAAGGACACUUGUUUCAAGAACUGAAAUGUGUUGCAUUUGUGUGACAAGGGGUAGAAAUUGAUAUGCUACCAUAUAUAUUUGUUUACUAAUACCAUAAAUUAAUGGAAUCACAGUGAUUAUUUAGAAUAAUAACUAGUUGGAAUAACACUUAGGGGAAAAAAAACUAUUUUUUUUUUUUUUUUAAGUAAUGAAUUCUAAAACUGAGGGAGUGCUGACAUGCCUUUUCACUGUAUCAUAGAGUAGAGAAACCUUGUUCUGUUUUUUUAUUAAAUUCUGUACAAAUCCUGUGAUUACUUGAAUUACUGGAUUAUCUUUUAAACCUUUUUGACUGCACGGAAGUGAUGCACUGACGUGGCACUUGCUGUGAUUGUAGGAAACCCAGAAGAUGAUGCUUUGAGUGGUCAAGUGGAGCCUGCUGUGUGUUUUGUAGAUAACAAAAUUUAAAAGCACAGACCUUUAACUCCUCACUUAUACCUGGUGUUUGUAUGGUGCGUGUGUUACCUAGGGAAGUUGAGCUGGCAGAGGCAGAGUACACAGAGCAGCAUUCCACAGAACUUGUGACUUUGUACCCAGAAAGUGUUUAGCAACCUGUAGAGGUUGUAACAGCAAACAUUUUAACUAACUUUGAAAAAGUUGCCAUUACAGGAAGAAAAUAAUAAUUUAACCUUAAAUAAACACUUUCCGAAACUUAAGGAAAAAAAAAACGUUUUACUUUGUGAUUUUUUUUUCUGGGUAGGUUGUGAACAUAUUCAAAGGUUUUGCCUCUUCUUUAAUGUAAGAGUUCAUCUUAAUGGAUGAUUGGUAGGACGAUUUUAUAUAUUAGAAACGGCAAAAAAGGAUAGCUUAAUAUGUAGCUGAGUUAGGAAGAAAAAUCCGAUUUCGACAAUACUGUGUAAAUCUAACUGAUCAGUAAAAAAUGCAGUCUGGAGCACAUACAUACUAACUGCCUGUCUGAGGUGUGUGUCUUGGCAAAGUGUGCUGGCCUUUUAUCAGGUGGACAAACUAAAAGGUAAACACAGUAGGUAUCAGGAAGACUAAAAGCUCGGUUCUGGUGCAAUAUAGUAUUACCAGGAUGUAGUAAUUAUGAGGCCAUAGGAAGUUUAAUAGCAAUAAUGAUAGUGAAAUUGUUAGCAAUUUGAAAUGCCUUAAGUCCAUCUGGAGGUGGGUGAGACUUUUGGAGCACCUUCCUUUUCUCCCAUUAUGGCUCUGAGUCUCACUCUGUUCCAUGCACAGGAUGGACUUGCUCUGGGAAUGAAUCUGGUUGAUGCAUUGGAGAAGGCUGUUCUCUGGAGUACCCCUGCCUCACUUCCAGCAGAAGUCAGGACGUGUGUGGUGUACGAGGCAGGGGAUUGCAGAAGGCAGGAGCCAUUCUGGUGCUCUGUGCAGCUGCAUGCUGCCCUGGCGAGUGGGACUCCCUUCCUGGCUGUGCUGCAGACUUCCUAGGUGAUGCUAGUUGCUGAUAUGUGUUCAAGAUGAGUGGGAUGGGAGAAAAUACCUCUGACCCAUCCAGAGCAGAGUCAAGAAAGCGCAAGGAUCCCGAUCAGGUUGGACCCAGCCCUAAAAGAAGCACUGAGAAACGCAAUCGUGAGCAAGAGAAUAAAUACAUUGAAGAACUUGCAGAGCUGAUUUUUGCAAAUUUUAAUGAUAUUGACAACUUUAACUUUAAACCUGACAAAUGUGCAAUCUUGAAAGAAACUGUGAAGCAAAUUCGUCAGAUAAAAGAACAAGAAAAAGCAGCAGCGGCUAAUGAAGAUGAAGUGCAAAAGGCAGAUGUAUCGUCUACAGGUCAGAGUGUCAUCGACAAGGAUGCACUUGGACCAAUGAUGCUUGAGGCCCUGGAUGGGUUCUUCUUUGUAGUGAACCCAGAAGGUAAUGUUGUGUUUGUUUCUGAGAAUGUGACACAGUACCUGAGGUACAACCAAGAAGAGCUGAUGAACACAAGCAUUUACAGCAUCCUGCAUGUAGGGGACCACAAUGAAUUUGUCAAAAUCCUGCUGCCAAAAUCUUUAGUGAAUGGGGGAUCUUGGUCUGGUGACACUCCUAGGCGUAAUAGCCAUACCUUUAAUUGUCGGAUGCUGGUAAAACCUCUUGCUGAUUCUGAAGAAGGCCAUGAUAACCAGGAAGCACAUCAGAAAUAUGAAACUAUGCAGUGCUUUGCUGUUUCUCAACCAAAUUCUUUCAAGGAGGACGGUGAAGAUUUGCAGUCUUGCUUGAUUUGUGUUGCAAGAAGAGCUCCAAUGAAGGAAAGACCGCUUCUUCCUUCGUCAGAGAGCUUUACUACACGCCAGGAUCUUCAAGGCAAAAUAACUUCACUGGACACAAGUACCAUGCGAGCAGCUAUGAAACCUGGCUGGGAGGAUUUGGUGAGAAGAUGCAUUCAGAGGUUCCACUCACAGCAUGAGGGAGAAAUAUCUUUUGCCAAGAGGCAUCACCAGGAAGUGCUGAGGCAGGGGCUGGCCUUCAGUCCCGUUUAUCGCUUUUCCCUGUCGGAUGGCACCAUCGUUUCUGCCCAAACGAAGAGCAAGCUCAUCCGUUCUCAGACGACCAGUGAACCUCAGCUUGUAAUCUCCUUGCAUAUGCUUCACAGAGAGCAGAAUGUCUGUGGAAUGAAUCAGGAUUUGACUGGACAAGGAAUGGGGAAGAUAUUGAACCCAAUUAGUUCCAGCAGCCCUGCCCAUCAGGCCAUGUGCAGUGGGAAUCCAGGUCAGGAUAUGACCAUCAGUAGCAAUAUAAAUUUUGCCAUAAAUGGCCCAAAGGAGCAAGUGGGCAUGCCAGCAGGCAGGUUUGGUGGUUCAGGGGGAAUGAACCAUGUGUCAAGCAUACAAGCAUCCACUCCUCAGGGUAGUAACUAUGCACUAAAAAUGAAUAGCCCCUCACAAAGCAGCCCCGGCAUGAACCCAGGGCAGCCAAACUCUAUGCUUUCCCCAAGGCAUCGCGUGAGCCCUGGAGUGGCAGGAAGUCCUCGCAUCCCACCCAGUCAGUUCUCCCCUGCAGGAAGCUUACAUUCACCUGUGGGAGUCUGCAGCAGCACAGGAAAUAGCCAUAACUACACCAACAGUUCCCUGAACGCACUUCAGGCCCUCAGCGAGGGCCACGGCGUUUCUCUAGGAUCGUCGUUGGCUUCACCUGACCUAAAAAUGGGCAAUUUACAAAAUUCCCCUGUGAAUAUGAAUCCUCCCCAGUUAAGCAAGAUGGGAAGCCUGGACUCUAAAGACUGCUUUGGAAUAUAUGGGGAGCAAUCAGAAGGUACAACUGGACAAGCAGAGAGCAGCUGCCAUUCAGGAGAACAGAAAGACAACAGCGAUAGCAGCAUGCCGCCGGUUGUCAGCGGCGAGAGACCUGAUGGACAGAAUAAACUGCACGACGGAAAAAGCCAGACAAAGCUCUUACAAUUGCUGACCACCAAAUCAGAUCAGAUGGAGCCUUCACCUUUGUCCAGUACCAUGGGAGACAUUAACAAGGACUCCACGGGAGGGUUGCCUGGGUCUGGUUCAGCACACGGAACCUCGCUCAAGGAGAAGCAUAAAAUUUUGCACAGACUAUUGCAGGACAGUAGUUCUCCUGUAGAUCUGGCCAAGCUCACAGCAGAGGCCACAGGCAAAGAACUGAACCAGGAGUCCAGUAGCACAGCUCCUGGUUCAGAGGUGACUGUUAAACAGGAGCCAGCAAGUCCUAAGAAGAAUAAUAAUGCACUACUUCGCUACUUGCUAGAUAAAGAUGAUACUAAAGAUAUUGGUUUACCAGACAUACCCCCAAAACUGGAGCGGUUGGACAGUAAGACAGACCCUUCCGGUAGCACAAAGUUAAUAGCUAUGAGGACGGAAAAAGAAGAGAUAAGCUUUGAGCCUAACGAACAGCCGGGCAGCGAGUUGGAUAACUUGGAGGAGAUUCUGGAUGACCUGCAGAACAGCCAGUUACCGCAGCUUUUCCCAGAUAGCCGCCCAGGCGUGCCAGCAGGCUCGGUCGACAAGCAAGCCAUCAUCAAUGACCUCAUGCAGCUCACGAGUGACAGCAGCCCCGGCGCGGCAGUGGCCAGCCAGAAACCAGCGAUGAGGAUUUCCCAGAGCACUUUUAAUAACCCACGAGCAGGGCAACUGGGCAGGUUAUUACCAAACCAGAAUUUACCACUUGACAUAACACUGCAGAACCCAGCAGGUGCAGGAACUUUCCCACCCAUAAGAACAAGUAGCCCCUACUCAGUGAUACCUCAGCCGGGACUGAUGGGCAGGAAUGAAGGGAUGAUAGGAAGUCAAGGAACUUUAGGCAACAGUAGCACAGGAAUGAUUGGUGGCAAUGCCCCUCGGCCUGCCAUGGCAUCUGGAGACUGGGGCAGCCAGGCCCCCGCGGUGAGGGUGACCUGUGCACCCACAGCUGGCACCAUGAACCGGCCGGUGCAAGCAGGCAUGAUCCGCAACCCCACGGCCAGCAUCCCCUUGAGACCCAGCAGCCAGCCUGGCCCAAGGCAGAUGCUUCCAUCUCAGGUCAUGAAUAUGGGGCCAUCUGAAUUGGAAAUGAACAUAGGAGGGCCUCAGUAUAGCCAACAGCAGGCACCUCCAAAUCAGACUGCACCGUGGCCAGACAGCAUCUUGCCUAUAGAACAGGCAACUUUCGGUAAUCAGAACAGGCAACCGUUUGGCAGCUCACCAGAUGAUCUCUUGUGUAAUCAUCCUUCAUCAGAGUCACCAAGUGAUGAGGGUGCUCUCCUGGAUCAGCUUUACAUGGCAUUAAGGAAUUUUGAUGGUUUAGAAGAAAUCGACAGGGCUCUAGGAAUACCAGAACUAGUGAGCCAGAGCCAAGCUGUCGACCCCGAGACCUUCCCGAGCCAGGAGUCCAGCAUGCUGAUGGAGCAGAAGGCUCCGGUGUUCUCGCAGCAGUACGCGGCUCAGGCGCAGAUGGCUCAGGGCAGCUACGCGCCCAUGCAGGACCCCGGCUUCCACGCCAUGGGGCAGCGCCCGGGCUACACCGCGCUGCGCAUGCAGCCCCGGCCCGGCCUGCGGCCCGCCGGCAUCGUGCAGAACCAGCCCAACCAGCUGCGGCUCCAGCUGCAGCACCGGCUCCAGGCACAGCAGAAUCGGCAGCCACUGAUAAAUCAGAUCAGCAGCGUCUCCAAUAUGAAUCUGUCUUUGAGAACUGGAGUGCCAACACAGGGCCCCAUCAACGCGCAGAUGCUGGCGCAGAGGCAGCGGGAGAUCCUGAGCCAGCACCUGCGGCAGCGGCAGAUGCAGCAGCAGCAGCAGCAGGUGCAGCAGCGGACGCUGAUGAUGCGAGGGCAAGGCCUGAGCAUGACCCCCAGCAUGGUGGCCACCGGUGGCAUCCCAGCAACCAUGAGCAACCCGCGCAUCCCGCAGGCAAAUGCACAGCAGUUCCCGUUUCCUCCGAACUACGGUAUCAGUCAGCAGCCUGAUCCAGGCUUCACAGGGGCCACCACUCCUCAGAGUCCACUGAUGUCACCAAGGCUGGCUCACACUCAAAGCCCCAUGAUUCAGCAGUCUCAGGCUAAUCCUGCCUAUCAGUCCUCUACGGAGAUGAAUGGGUGGGCACAAGGGAAUAUGGGUGGUAACAGCAUGUUUUCACAACAGUCCCCACCACAUUUUGGGCAGCAAGCAAGCACCAGCAUGUACAACAAUAACAUGAACAUCAGUGUAUCCAUGGCAACCAACACAAGUGGUAUGAACAACAUGAACCAGAUGACAGGGCAGAUCAGCAUGACCUCAGCGACCUCUGUGCCUACAUCAGGGUUGUCCUCCAUGGGUCCUGAGCAGGUUAAUGAUCCUGCUAUGAGGGGAGGCAAUCUCUUUCCAAACCAGCUGCCUGGAAUGGAUAUGAUAAAGCAGGACGGAGAUGCAGCACGGGUAAGAAAUGGGGUGCAGGUGCAGCAGAACUAUGACUAUACUGCGGCUGGAGCAGAUACGGAAUCUUUUUGCUUACAAAGUUACAAGUUCCUUGGUUAAUAGUACCUAAUGUGAGGGGGGAUUGCUCUACAGA